AUGGAGUGGAACGCGAUGGAGAUCAACCCGGAGAUGCUGAACAAGAUGAUGGUGAAGCUCGGUGCAGGUGAGAGCUGGCGCUUCGAGGACGUGCUGGGGCUGGAGGGAGAGCAACUGUCCGCCGUGCGCGAGCCAUGCUGUGCCCUGAUGCUGCUCUUCCCUCUGACACAACAGCACGAGUCUUUCAGGGAGCAGCAGGCAGACAAGGUGGUUGGAGAAUCUGAGGUUUAUUUCCUGAAGCAGACAAUAGUUAACUCCUGUGGCACCGUCGCCCUGCUGCACGCUGUGGCCAACAACAAGAGCAAACUGACUUUUGAUGCUGACUCUGACCUGAAGAAAUUUCUGGACGAGACUGAAAACAUGUCUGCUGAUGAUCGUGCCAAACAUCUGGAGAAGAACAAGGCAAUCUCUGAGGCUCACAAUGAGGCUGCACAGCUGGGCCAGUGCAGGCCUGAAGCCGACAAAGUCAACUUCCACUUCAUCACCUUUGUCAAUAUAAACGGACAACUCUAUGAAUUUGAUGGGCGAAUGACUGGAGCAGUGAAGCACGGAGCCACCAAGGAUGAAACCUUCAUCACGGAUGCAGCCAAAGUGUGCAGUGGAUUCGUGGAGAGAGAGAAGGGUGAAGUCCGGUUCUCUGCCGUGGCUCUUUGUCAGAGUUAGAUAUUUGGAAGGAAACGGAGCCGAAUCGUUAAAAAAAAAAAAUGUUUUGAAGUGUUCACAUGGCAAACACAAUCAGCAGGCACACACGGUGACCUGCACUCGCAUACAUCUGCAGGCACUAUGCACUAUAAAGCACAUAUUGUUUCCACAUACUGCACUCAUCUCAUGAACAAAGCAUUCCUUAGCAUAUGCACACACGCAAACACAAUAGAAUCCUUUUGUUCUGCCGACACUCACUGAUACAAGCUGCUCCAAAUGUUCCUAUUUGUGAUAUUAUUUAGCAGUGAAAAUUGUUCAACUUGAAGUUGCUGCUUGUGUGUUUGUUAUGUUGGGCUCCGCAAGUUUUUCUGUGCAAUCCUUGGUGCAUCUGCAUCACUUGAAAGACUGAUACCUUUUGUGCCAAUAAAAGUUAGAAGUUAAAGGCAGAAAACUUGUGCAGGGACAGUUUUUUGCCUGUUAGUCUGAAUGCCUUCAGUUGCUGUGUGGUUGAAUCUAUGAGGAUCUGACAUUCCUCAGAAGAGCCCAAUUGGAUCCGGGGGAAUAAUUUAACCAUUGUUCAAGAGCACGGACGAGACCUUUUACGUCAUGUUCUCCAGUCACUCUGACAUUUCUCUAAAAAGCUGUUCUCUCUUCUAGUAGUUUUGAGUUCCAAGCUACAGGGGGUGGAUCUCAGAAUGUUUAGGUCACUGGAUUGUAAUUAUAAUAUUGAGGUCACUGCCAAGUCAAUUUCACGAUCUGAAAAUGUUAUUUUUAGGUUAACAGUCCACAAAUGCUGUAAAGUCAAAUGCAACAACACUGCAAGUCUUCACACAAAACUUCCCAUGAAGUGACUACAAAGUGUUAUGUGUUUGAGAGGUGACUAGCUCUGUAUGUCUUGUGUUUAAAUUGUUUUAAGUUUUGCACUUUCCAAAUGCUGUGUUGCUGUA